AUGCUGAGUAGCUGGUUUCAGGUACUUGGACUCACAUCACGAAUCAUUCAGCGACUUGAUGAAGAGCCACGAUUUCUCGGUGUUUCAUACAAGUUUGAAUGGGGCGGAAGUACUCCAGAGCUGGCAGAGAUACCGCUACGAUGUCGCGGCGAUCCUAAGCAAACGGAUACGCCCUAUUGGCUGAAACAAAAGUUAUGCACCGAAUACCUGGUCCGCUGGAAAGGCCUUCCAUCAACGCAUGACGAAUGGGUACGAGAGCAAGAUGCAGUCGGUGCAGAAGAACUCAUCUAUGAGUACGAAAAGCGACAAGACAUCUUCAUCGAUGAGUGA